AAUGCAUUUCCACGCCGCCUCCCUACCGCCCCGGCCCGCGGCCUCGGGUUCCCACGGUCCCCAGUCCACUGCAAAAUCCAGGCUUCCCGCCCCUCUACGACUGGAGGGUAGGGGCGAGGCUAGCAGCUCCCUCCCGGCUUCCUCCGCUUGUUCUCUCCUCCCCUUCCCCCUCCUCCGGGCGGCUCUCCACUUCCUCUCUCCCCUCACCCCACCCCAGGGAAAAACGAAAACAAACACCCUUGCGCCCCGCACCUCCGACUCCCGGACCCCACGACCCGGCUCCGGAACUGCUUUGGCGGCCUGGGUCGGAGAAGGCACCUCGCCCCGGACCCCCUACGCCCUGCAGCUCAGUGACUCUUCGCCUCGCCCUCCGCCUUCCCCGCCCCAGCCCGACUCCGCCUCCCAGUGGGGAAACAUCCCAAAAAAGGGCAGAAAAGAAAUUUCAGCACAAAGUUGGCCCACUGGGAAAGAGGGGAGCGUCCGCGGGGAGCCGGGGAAGAGAGGGAGGGCGCGCGGAGGGGAGUGGGGCCAGGCGAGCUGGGGUCCGGGAGCGGAGGGGUUCGGGACGUGUCCGGGUGGGAGCGGGGGCGGGGAACGCGCGGUGACCAGCCCGGCCACAACCGCGUGGAAAAUAUGCGGGACACGUGGGGGGCUGGGCGGGGAGCUGGGUCCUGAGCCGCCGGGCGCUCGCAGGAAGGGCCUGGCUCCAGGGGCGGGGGCUGGGAGGGGAGGCGAGGGGAUGAGAGGUCAGGCCGGUCCCGGGGGCAGCAAGCCCAGCCACCGGGGCUCUGGGCUCGCCUCCUGCCUCAGUUUCCCCAAGCCCCCGAUGAGACUCCGCUACUACCACCACGUCGAUAAUGCAAACUUAGAGGGACUCUGGGUAAACUGAGGCACUCAAAUUGCCGAGGAGCUCCGCCUCCCAAGAGACAUUUAAUCCGGGGGGAUUUGCAGGAAACUUCUAAAUUAAGGGUAGCGGCUGCUGCAGCUGAGGGGGGGCACGCCCGUCGCUGCGCCCGGGCAGCUGCCGUGAGCUCACGCCCCGAAAUAGCCCCAGGGGCCCCAGCCGCAGCUGCCACUGGGUCCGGCUGUCACUCAGAGGAAGCACGGAGCCCCCAGCCCAAGGGUCCCCUCCCCUCCGCAGCGCCGGAGUUUUUCCAGCCGACCGUCUGCUACUUUUUCCUCCGACGGCUGGCGGGGAAGAGGGGAAUGGGGGCGGGAACCCAAGGCCCAAGGGAGGCGGUCCCCAGUGGGUGGGCGAAGGGGGCAGGCGCGCCCCCCGGCCGGGCCGUGCUUCUGCCCCUACAAGGUUUGGGCCGAGGUGGGGGAGGGUCCUGGUUGCCGGCCCCGCCCGGUCCCUCCCCGCCUUUUAGGCGCCCGCGCGGCCGGGACGUCCCAGCCCCGCUUCGUCCUCCUCUCCUGCCACCCGUGCACCCAGUCCGCUCAGCCAGCCCAGUCCGUCCGGUCCUCACCGCCUGCCGGCCUGCCCACCCCCCACCGCAGCCAUGGACGCCAUCAAGAAGAAGAUGCAGAUGCUGAAGCUGGACAAGGAGAACGCCAUCGACCGCGCCGAGCAGGCCGAAGCCGACAAGAAGCAAGCUGAGGACCGCUGCAAGCAGCUGGAGGAGGAGCAGCAGGCCCUCCAGAAGAAGCUGAAGGGGACAGAGGAUGAGGUGGAAAAGUAUUCUGAAUCCGUGAAGGAGGCCCAGGAGAAACUGGAGCAGGCCGAGAAGAAGGCCACUGAUGCUGAGGCAGAUGUGGCCUCUCUGAACCGCCGCAUUCAGCUGGUUGAGGAGGAGCUGGACCGGGCCCAGGAGCGCCUGGCUACAGCCCUGCAGAAGCUGGAGGAGGCCGAGAAGGCGGCUGAUGAGAGCGAGAGAGGAAUGAAGGUCAUUGAAAACCGGGCCAUGAAGGACGAGGAGAAGAUGGAGCUGCAGGAGAUGCAGCUGAAGGAGGCCAAGCACAUCGCUGAGGAUUCAGACCGCAAAUACGAAGAGGUGGCCAGGAAGCUGGUGAUCCUGGAAGGAGAGCUGGAGCGCUCGGAGGAGAGAGCUGAGGUGGCUGAGAGCCGAGCCAGACAGCUGGAGGAGGAACUUCGAACCAUGGACCAGGCCCUCAAGUCCCUGAUGGCCUCAGAGGAGGAGUAUUCCACCAAAGAAGAUAAAUAUGAAGAGGAGAUCAAACUGUUGGAGGAGAAGCUGAAGGAGGCUGAGACCCGAGCAGAGUUUGCUGAGAGGUCUGUGGCAAAGUUGGAGAAAACCAUUGAUGACCUAGAAGAUGAAGUCUAUGCCCAGAAGAUGAAGUACAAGGCCAUUAGCGAGGAACUGGACAACGCACUCAAUGACAUCACCUCCCUCUGAGCCCCACACCAGCGUGGCCACCUCAGCCCUCUUCUCUCCUCUCCUCUCCUUUCUGUUCUCUCUAUGGGAAGGGGAGCAGGCAGGAGGAGCAGAAAUUGCCAACAUUGCACAGCCAGGCUGGGAGCAGCCUAGGGAGAGCCCCUAUCAUGCCCACCACCCACUCUGGCACUGGCUUCAUCCUUUACCUGUCCCCUCCACCCCCCUUUGCUGCUUAAUAAACUCUGAACUUGGUCUCCA